AAAGCCAAAAAAAAAAAAUAUAUAAAAAAACCGAAAAAAAAAAUGUUCGUUUGUCACAACCGCAGAUCACCCGCCGAAAAAAAAAGACAUGAAGAUGAAAGCGAAGAUGAAGAACAAGCUGAUCCACAGUUCUGGUGCGCUACGCCUAGCACGCCAUGGCGGUGCCAAGCGCACCCAAGAACACAAGGAGACCCGCGACGCUCUCAGGGCGUAAAUGGAGAACGCCACCCGCAACGACGCCAGCCACACCGAGCACAACCCACAAAACUCAAGCUCGGCCGACAUCGCUUGUUAGCGGCAGGCCAGGUACCACAAUAAAGCAAUAAAGCGCUGAAGGUAGGUACCACCAAUUACUCGCCAAGAUGACGGGACGUGGCAAGGGCGGCAAAGGAUUGGGUAAAGGAGGAGCUAAGCGGCAUCGUAAAGUUUUGCGUGAUAACAUUCAGGGGAUCACCAAACCUGCUAUUCGACGCCUGGCUCGUCGUGGCGGUGUCAAGCGCAUCAGCGGCCUCAUCUACGAGGAGACGCGCGGCGUUCUCAAAGUGUUCCUGGAGAACGUCAUCCGCGACGCUGUCACCUAUACCGAGCACGCCAAGCGCAAGACGGUGACCGCCAUGGACGUCGUCUACGCUCUGAAGCGCCAGGGCCGCACACUGUACGGCUUCGGCGGUUAAGCGGAAUGCCUCGCGACGAAAGCCCCACGAACAACAGGCCUUUUUAAAGGCCACA